AUGAGUGCUGCGGCUUCCGGAACGUUGUGGGAGGACGACGACGACGACGACGACUCCGUCUCCGAGCAGGAGAGCGUGCAGUCAUCGUUCAAAUACCAACGCGCCGAGGAGUUCACCUUGGCGCAGCUGGAGGCGGCGACCAAGGGCUUCGCACUGGAGGCCAAGAUCGGCGAGGGCAGCUUUGGCGCUCUGUACCACGGGAAGCUGCCCGACGGGCGCGAAGUGGCGAUCAAGCGCGACGGGUCCGGACGGCGCGCCCGCUGGUUCCAGGAGAGCGCGCUGGAGCUGGCCUUCCGCUCCCACCUCGACCACAAGCACAAGCACCUCGUCGGCCUCGUCGGCUACUGCGAGGUGAACGAGGAGCUCCUCCUCCUCGUCUACGACUACGAGUACGCGCAGAACGGCGCUCUCUGCGACCACCUGCACCGCAAGGCGACAGCGACACCUGCUCCUGCGUCGCCGCCGUCCCCAGUCGUGUCAUCGUGGAAGCUGCGCAUCAAGAUCCUGCUGGACGCGUCCCGCGGCAUCGAGUACCUGCACUCCUUCCCCGGCCUGCCCAAAAUCCAUGGGGACGUCAAGUCGUCCAACAUCCUGCUGGACGCCGGCUGGACGGCGCGCGUGUCGGAUUUCGGGCUACCGCUGACGGAUCCCGAGGAGCAGACGGCGGCGCACCUGACGAAGAAGACCGACGUGUACGGGUUUGGCUUGGUGAUGCUGGAGGCGCUGACGGGCAUCUUCAAUGAUGAGGCCGACGGCGGCGUGGUGGACUACGCUAUCCCCAGCAUCAUCGCCGGGGAGCUCGGCAAGGUGCUCGAUCCGCGCGCCCCGGAGCCGGCCGCGCACGAGGCGGAGGCCGUCGGGCUGGUGGCCUACACUGCGGUGCACUGCGUCUGCCUCGAGGGGAAGGACCGACCAGCGAUGGCCGCCAUCGUCGCCAGCCUCGAGACCGCGCUUUCGCUCUGCGAGGGCGACUCCGGCGGCGGCGGUUUCGGCAGCAGCGCCGGCCUCUAG